AUGGGUGACCUGUGGUUACUCUUUCUCCUGCCCCUAUCCCUAGUAGCCUUCCAUGGGGUUAAAGGCUGUCUGGACUGUGACCCCAAAUUCAUAGAGGAUAUUAAGAUCUUAAUAGAAAAGCUGAUACCCCCUGAAGUCCCUGGUCGCAAUUAUCUGAUUCAACGUCAGAUUAAGGAGACCAUCCAUAUAAGCACCAAGGUCUCCUACAGGGACAAGAUGCUUCGGGUGUUGGAUGUCCAAAAUGUUGUCAGCUUGCGAUCGUGGCUAAAACAGGAAUAUGAGAAACUAGGUGAUGGAAAAUGGAAAGGUGUCUUUAUCCUCCAAGGCAAGCUUCUUGAAGUCCGGCAAAACCUGGAAUCCAAAUUGAAAGAAACAUUAAAGACCUUCUCUGAAGUUGCAUGCUCUGAAGAUUGCAUUGUGACUGAAGGUCCUGUUCUUGAUUGUUGGACCUGUCUUCGUAUCACCACCCAUUGCUUCAGAGGGGAGUACUGUGGAGAGGAUUCAAAGAAGGCUGAGAGUCGAGAGAUUGCACUGUUUCUGAUAUUGCUGGCAGAAGCUGUAGUAUUUGGAAGCACUUUGUUACUAUUCCAUUUUUGUGUGUCUCAUCGGAGAAAGAUGAAGGCAAUACGAAGGUUACUAAAGAAUUAUUUGGAGAAGAAACUUGAAGAAUUGAUAAGAAUGGCGGAGGAGAAAAAAAAGAAAGAAUCUGGAACCAGAAGAUAA